AAGAGGUACGACGAGUUAUUUUACGCCGGACAGUCAGAUUCUCUUUUUACUCUAGGUUCUUAGGGAUGUAUUUUGAAAAAAUUAGAGGAUAAAAACAUUUUAAAAUGUUAAAAGAGCAAAUAAAAUUUUUUUCUUAAGUAUUUACGGAAGUUAUUAGUUUUCUACGGAGAUUAGUUUGCUGUGAAAAUCAUCACAAGUGACGCUGACGCAAAAUGUCAAUCAGAAGUUAUAAGACAGACCAUAGUUCACAAGAAAGUUGCACUACUUUUCAAUGUCCAAUUUAUUAUUAUUCUGCUCACUUACAAGAAAUGUCCAGUUUACCAUCAGAAAGAGGUUCACACACGCUAAGUACAAGAAGCUCUUCCGGCCGAUCAACCCCAAAAUACAAUACAUCCCUCGAUUUAUCAUUCAAAGAAGGACGAGGUGAUCCACAAUUUCCUUCUAUAGAAAUGCAAAUGGGAAUGAUUAAUGGUAUGAACGUUCAAGAUUCGUCGAAAAAUUUUAAUUCAAUAAUUGGAAAAAUUAGAAUGCUCGAAGAUGAAAAUACAGUCACUAAGAAGCGAAAUCAAUGCCUUUUUUUAGAAAAAGAAAUGGAGGUAAAAAAAAGAAUAAAGUUCGAAAGCAGAGUUGCAGAAUUAGAAAGAGCUCUUCAAGAAGAACAAGCAAAAACGCAACCAGAAAGGGACAUUUCUUGUACAAAAGAUGCAGAAACUUCACCAAUAAAUUCGAUAUGUUCGGAUGAAGGAGUACAAGUUUGGACAGUUUGUAGAGCUUGCAAAAGAGAAUUACAAAGUCAAGAAAAUAAAGAACCAGUCAUAACCAUGACAAAAUCCGAACUGGAAAAGCUAGAAAAGGAUAUGAUGGUUUUAAGAGACAAUGUCCUUUCAACAGAAGAGGGUUUGGAAAGAGCUAAAAAUAGAGAACAAAAUUAUCGUGAACAAAUUGCUCGACUUUUUGUGGAAGCAGAUUCUGCUCGAACACUUUGUAAAACUCGUUUAGAAGAAAUAAGAACUUUAGCUCAGGCUUUAUCGGACAAAGAACUGGAGGCGAAAAAUUUAGAAAAAAAAAUGAAAGACAUGGGAAAGUUGAUAAUAAAGCUGAAUAAGCAAAGAAAUAUUGAGGAAACUUGCCAGUUAGAAAACAAAUUUAUUGCGGAAAUAAGUGAAAAGGAGCAAAAGUGGAUCGAGGAUAUUGAACGACGACUUCGCAGUACGAAUAACAAAACAAAAAACAAAAGAUAAAGCACCCUCAAGUCAGCAAACUACUCCCCGUAAAGUCAAAAUUAAAGGGCGUGACAGAGAAUUAUGAACAGAAUGCUAAAGCUUAUAAAAACUGUAAAUCCUUCAAAAGUAUUAAUGAUGUACUCUUCAAAAAAGGGAAAAGUGUCCGGUGGCAAUGUAUUUGUCGUUGUGAUAAUUUAUCAAUUUUAUAAAUAAUUGUACCAAAUUUUGUAAAUAA